CCUGCGAUGCGUCGCGAAGUUUGACCAAAAGCCAACCAGAACCUCGCUGGAUUUUGAUUGUUAUUUGGCUCUUAUUUUUUUUUAGUCUUUUUUAAAAAAUCAUAUUUGUGCGAGCAACCUGUUGCGUGAGAAAGCAGGCUAAACGCGGCGUUGCUGCGCUCCGUUAAUCGGUGGGAUUAAAACGAAAGGAGUAGUUUGGUUCGAAUUGGAUCGAACUUUGUAUAUACAUAUAUAUUUUUAAAAUUUAUUUGGACUGACAGCACUGGCAGGAGGCAUGACAGCACUGGCAGGAGGGUUAACGAGGAUGAUGAGACCCGGUCCACACCAGAAUUACGCACGGGGAGGCUAUUCAUUGGAGGUGUCCACUCCUCUAGGCCAGGGUCGGGUCAACCAGCUCGGCGGCGUGUUCAUCAACGGCCGGCCUUUGCCCAACCACAUCCGGCACAAGAUCGUCGAAAUGGCCCAUCACGGCGUUCGGCCCUGCGUCAUCUCCCGCCAGCUGAGGGUUUCUCACGGAUGCGUGUCCAAAAUCUUGUGUCGGUACCAGGAGACCGGAUCCAUUCGGCCCGGGGCCAUUGGAGGGAGCAAACCAAAGCAAAGUGCGUCUCCUGAAUUGGAUAAGAAGAUUGAAGAGUACAAGAGAGAAAACCCCGGAAUGUUCAGCUGGGAAAUCAGGGACAAGCUACUAAAAGAUGGCAUCUGUGACCGAAACAACGUUCCCUCGGUGAGCGCCAUCAGUCGCAUUAUGAGAUCCAAAUUCGGUGGCGUGGGCGACGAUGAUGAGGAUGGUGACGAGGUCGUGAAAAGGGAGAUGGAAGAAAACGAAUCCAGGACUAAACACAGCAUCGACGGUAUCCUGGGUGAUAGAUCCAGUCACUCAGACGAGGGAUCCGACGUAGACUCUGAGCCGGGCCUGCCCCUCAAGAGGAAGCAGAGGCGUAGUCGGACGACCUUCACAGCGGAGCAGCUGGAGGAGCUGGAGCGGGCUUUUGAGCGCACGCACUAUCCCGACAUCUACACACGGGAGGAACUAGCUCAGAGAGCCAAACUGACCGAAGCUCGCGUUCAGGUGUGGUUCAGCAACAGAAGAGCCCGGUGGAGGAAGCAAGCAGGAGCCAAUCAGCUGAUGGCUUUCAACCACCUCAUCCCAGGCGGUUUCCCUCCGUCCGCCAUGUCGGGCCUACAGCCCUAUCAGCUACCCGAAAGCCCAUAUCCCGCAACUUCUAUUGCUCAAGCCGCUGAGCAGUCCAGCACAGUCCAUCGACCACAGCCUCUGCCGCCCACUUCGGUGCAUCAGAGCGGGCUCAACUCAUCGUCCGCCACUCAGGACGGAGGUUCGGCGUAUUGCCUGUCUUCCGCACGUCACGGCUUCUCAGGAUACUCGGACGGUUUCGUCGCCCCGUCCGGACACACCAAUACCGUCAACCCCGCUGCCAUUGGCAACAGCCUCUCACCUCAGGUGAUGGGCCUUUUGAACCCAGGCGGAGUGCCUCAUCAGCCACAGAGUGACUUCGCUCUCUCCCCUUUGACCGGAGGCUUGGAGCCUAAUGCCAGUAUGGCUGCCAGUUGUCAUGGCUCCCAGCGACUGGAAGCCUUACCCGGUCUGACCGGCAUGCCCACCCUGCCGAGCACACAGUCUUACUGCCCACCCUCUUACACCUCGCCAGCAUACGCCGUCGACCACCAUCCGUCGUACCAGUAUGGACAGUACAGUCAGAGCAAGGUGCCUUUCAUUAUUUAAAACUGCCUUCUUCUCAAUGUGGAGGUCCACCCUGCCAAUCUGACAUUCAUUGACCCACAAUAUGCCCCCGCUCACCCCAACCGUUGCCUUCGCCAACCACCCCAAGGCUGACCAGAGGACCGCCAGAGCAGGAGAUGGCGAGCUGCGGUGGUGGCGGUGCGGUUUCAUCACUGUGACGCUGGGCGCACUGAUGGCGGGCUGGACGGGAAUAAUUAGGACCAAAGGUUCAACCUCUCCGGUUACCUUCUGCGUCUCGUCAUGCUACAAGAACCGAGCCCGCUUGUUCAUGCCUAAGUAGGAGAAGCAGGAUUGAAUAGGGGAGGGGUUGGUGGAUUCUUAAUACAUUCAAGAUUCUGUACUUGAUUUUUGCGAUGCGAGGUAGACUUAAGCCCCUUUUUCACCAAGGAGUGCAUCGUCAGAAGUUUGUAAGGGGGCACCAAAAUAACACUCGAGGCAACAACCCAGAGGGUGGAGCCAGACAUGUUGAUUGGUCAAUAGAACCACUAGGAAAUUGAGUCAAAAGAACAUGAAAUUUGCUGCUUCUUUAGGGGGGAAGCCAUCCCAUCCAAACAUUUUUUUGCUCACUGGGACCAGGUUGACUGGGGAUGAAUGGAUUUUUUGUUCCUCGUCAAAAAAGGCCAGAUGUUCUUCUGAAGGCUAACAACGAUGGAAAAGACAUAAAUCUAUCCUGAUGUGGUGUCUCGCUGAAGAUGAUUUAAAUACGACCGUGUGGGUCGUGUGUGGAACGAGACAAGUACACCACUGCAGCCCAAAGAAAGUGCAAUACCUUCAUACCUCAUAAACAAGCACAGACCACAUGUUCAUCAUAGUGUCCUCUGAGAAAUACUCCUUUAUUAUUAUUUUUUUCCCAUGCCGUCAUUUAUUUUGGGUUGUGAGCAUGACUAAUCAGGAGAACUUGUUCAGAUUUACAAAAAAAAAGUCAAUAAGCCAAAAACGGAAGAAAAAAAAAUCUCUACAGGUGAACACAUUAUUUUCUUUUGCAUGUAUUGAUUUAGAAUUCAUCUGAAUUUGGGGUUCACUUCAAUUAUUUAUUUAGUGUCACACAAUUGCUUUGUGUCUUUUAAAAUGACCAAAUGUAAUUGCUUAAGUAAGUCUUAAAACAAUGUUCAUUAUACAUGUCU